UGGUUGAAAAUUAAAAGUCUCUUAGUUCUUGCCUCUUCUAUAUAAUAAUCCUCGAGUAUCUUCCAUUAGCAGUAUCAUCGAUAGAUAUCAAUUGUUCAUUUGUUAUGGCACUAACUAACGCUCAAACCGCUUUCUUUAUUGGUCAGUCAAGGACCUCAUCAAGGAGCCAACCUUGGCCUGUUAAGCUAAAAAUUGGUCAUGCCCAUGCCCCAGUAGUGAGUGCAAUGUUAGAUGUCAAAACUGAUCACGUUUUGGCUCAAAAGUUGUCGUUGACACCUGAAGCCCCAGAAUCAAAAGUCUUCCCCGAAAAAUUUGGAAGGUUUGGAGGGAAGUUUGUGCCCGAGACUCUGAUUACUUGUCUAAACAAACUUGAAGCUGAAUUCAAAUUGGUUGUUCAUGAUUCUGAGUUUCAGGAGGAGCUCUCAACAGCACUAAGAGACUAUGCAGGACGUGAGACGCCUCUAUAUUUUGCUGAGAAGCUUACAAAUCACUAUAAGAAUGAGAAUGGAGAAGGACCAGAAAUUUACUUGAAGAGAGAGGAUCUGAAUCAUACUGGAUCACACAAGAUCAACAAUGCAAUCGCCCAGACGAUGAUCGCCAAACGGAUGGGUCGAACAAGAGUUGUGGCAGCCACUGGUGCUGGACAACAUGGAGUUGCAACUGCUGCUGCAUGUGCCAGACUUUCUUUGGAAUGCAUUGUCUUUAUGGGUUCCACAGAUGUGAUGAAACAAGCUUCUAAUGUUCAAUUAAUGAAGCUUUUAGGUGCUCAGGUUAUAUCAGUUGAAGGCAAUUUUAAAGAUGCAAGUUCAGAAGCCAUAAGAGGCUGGGUAGGAAACUUGGAGAGCAGCUAUUAUUUGAGCGGAACGGUAGUGGGGCCUCAUCCAUGUCCAAGCAUGGUACGAGAAUUCCAGUCAGUGAUAGGAAAGGAGACAAGGAAACAAGCAAUGGACAAAUGGGGAGACAAACCGGAUGUCCUAAUAGCAUGUGUAGGAAGUGGUUCUAAUGCAUUGGGGCUAUUCCAUGAAUUCAUUGGAGAUGAAGAUGUGAGAUUGAUAGGAGUUGAGGCUGCUGGGUUCGGGCUCGAUAGUGGACGACACUCGGCUACUCUAGCUAGAGGACAUGUUGGUGUAUACCAUGGUGCCAUGAGCUAUUUGUUGCAGGACGAGGAAGGCCAAAUCAUAGGUCCACACUCUAUUGGCGUUGGACUAGAGUACCCGGGAGUAAGCCCUGAGCUGAGCUUUCUCAAAGACACCGGACGCAUAGAGAUUCAUUCUGCCACGGACACAGAAGCCGUAGAUGCUUACAAGCGGUUAUGCAGAUUAGAAGGAAUAAUUCCAGCCUUAGAGGCCUCUCAUGCACUGGCUUUUCUAGAGAAGCUCUGCCCCACUCUGCCGAACGGCACCAAAGUGGUCGUAAAUUGCAGCGGCCGCGGGGACAAAGAUGCUGCAACAGUCCUAAAUUACAACCCAGUAAAAUAGAUAGAUUCAGGGACAAUUGUUUCUGUUUCUACCAGGAUUGCAAAUUUCUGCGAUUUCCAAAUUAAGUGAAUAUGACAAGAGUAAGUAUAAGCUAGCUAGGAAUCUCAAAUUAUGAGAUAAUAGUACAGGAAAUAAUUCUUGAAACCCCUGAUAAUUGUGUAAUCCAGUUAUUAUCAGAACUCCUGUAGAGUUUCAGUGGUUGUAUAUUAUUAUUCAAGAAAAAAAAUCAUUAUGUUUACUU